UUCUUUCUUCAAAUGCAGUGUUCGGUUGAACCGUGAGGUACUUACAUCGGCGAGCCGCCCCGUUUUUUGACCGUUGGAGGAGAGGAUCGGAGUUGGGAAACGCGUGGGUCGCGCUCGGUUCCCUGAGCCUUGGGUCAUUGUAACAUUUACAACGAGGUUAUGAUCAUAUGCCAAGAUCCUUAAUGAGCCAGCUUGACGCAUCCUAUUAAAGAUCUGCAGAUGAAAAAGCUUUUCUCUUUCCGCUCAUCUGCAUCUGGCAGUGCUAAUAGUGUUGGGGAUUCUCCAUCGUCAACGGAUAAGACAUGUUAUCCCCUGUUUGACAACAGGUCGACCGAUAAAGUUGGAGAGAAGUAUUCGAAUAAUCUCCGAAGCCCCAGAGGUUUGGUCACCAAAUCUCGAAAUCAAGCAUCUGACAGUCAAAGCUCAAGUACUUUUUCAGGUUCAGGACUGAGGAAGAGCCGUUCUUUGUCUUCUGCUAACUUCCUUGCAGAAGCUUUGGAGCAAAAGAACUCAUCUUCCUCUUUGAGUGAUCAGAGCAGAUCUCCCGCUCGACAUCAGCAUUCUGAAUAUUCACCUUGUCGUCAAACCAUUAGUCCGGAGAAGCGAUCCAAGCUGAAAGAAUUUGAUGGGACAGCUUACAGAAAUGGACAUGGGUUCAAGAAGCCAGGUUACAUUGUCACUUAUGAUGAUGCAUCACUCUCUUCUAAUUGCUCUAGUAGAGUUUCAAAUAAGGUCGUAGACCGCUAUAUUGAUGGUGAGCAGCACCAGGAGAGGAGCAGGCCCAAGAAAACCUUUCAAAAGAUACAUACUGGUAAGGAUGGUGGGAAUCGUCCCCCACGUGUCCAGUACACAGCUCCCACUUCACCAACUGAUAGCGUGAAAUGUAAACCAAGGGCUCAGUCCUUUAGAGAAGCUGAAAGUGCUUGCCCUCACUAUUUCUCUGGAGAUUGGGUAGAGAGUGGUUUUGGUCAUGAAUCCCCUAGAAGGCUUGCUAAGAAUGUGAUUGAGAGACUCAGCCAAACUACAGUUUUCCCUAAAAUAAGUUCAAAGGAGUUUGACCAGGAUAUUCCUAUAACAAUUGAAGAUAUCUAUGGCGAAUCCUUGAAUAAAUGCUCUCAUGGGGAGGUAGUUAUUCAUGAUGACAUUCCUUCGUAUGAAACUGAUGAAACUACCAAAAGGUGCCAUAGGGAGAAUUCCUCUGGUCUCCAUAUGCCACUUGUCUUCCAUAUGGAAAAGUGUGAGCCUUUGUGCGAGGAUGUAAUUGGAGAAGACGUGGACUUUGAACUGCAAAGGAGGCUUGAAGGAGCACAGCAAAGGGUUGCAUUCCUUUCUCAGGAAGUUGAGCAGGAUCACUUUCUUAUUGGCAUUAGCUUUGAUGUGCCAACACUCAUCCAGACAGUUAGAAACCUUUCAGAAGACAGAAUGAGCUUGGCUGUCGAGGUUUCAGAACUUCUACAAUCCAGAAUGUCGGACAGGGCUUCUCUCAAAGAAGAACUUAGGCUGGCAAAGAUGGAGCUUGAAUCAAAAACCCGGAGACUGGAAAAGGAGAAGAAGGAGCUGCAGUCGGGUUUGGAGAAGGAACUCGACAGAAGGUCAAGUGACUGGUCAUCCAAGCUUGAGAAAUUCCAAAUAGAAGAGCAGAGGCUCCGUGAACGUGUUAGAGAGCUAGCAGAGCAGAAUGUUUCGCUUCAGAGGGAGGUCUGUUUAGUCAGUGAAAAGGAAACAGAGUGCAGAAGCUCGAUGACAUAUUCAGAACAGAAAGUUAAGGAGCUAAUGGAAAAGCUGGAGGAACUUAGCAUGAAUAAUCAUGAAUUUGAGCAAACAAUCUCUGAGUUACAGGAAAAAUAUGUAGCAACGAAGGAGAAUGGAGAGUUGCUUAAAAGAAGUUUUCACGAGAAGGAGAAGGAGUGUAAGGAGUUGCACAAAUCAAUAGCGAGAUUAAUGAGAACCUGCAGUGACCAAGAAAAAACAAUCGAAGGGCUUCGAGAGGGAUUCAGUGAGGAAUUUGGAAAGCCGCGAUCUCCAGAAAUGACUGACAAGCACUUGGCGAAAUUGAGGAUGGAGCAAAUCAGGCUGACAGGAAUUGAAUUGGCUUUAAGAAGAGAGUUGGAAUCAACUAGACGAGAAAAGGAUUCUCUUCGACGUGAGAAUAUCAGCUUGUUAAGCCGCUUGAACUGCAAUGGAAAAGAUUCUGGUGACCUGAUGUUUCAGCUAGACCAGGAAAUCUCCACUCGUCUUUGCUGCUUGCAAAAUGAAGCUUUGUCAACAGUAAACGACAGCUCCCAUUUAUGUUCAAAGUUACUAGACUUCAUUAAGUUGGAAUUCAGUCACAUUAAAGUGACCAAGCAAGGUACGGAAGCUAUAAAAAAUAGUCUUGAUGAGCAAUUUAUUGUUGAAUCAGACAUGAAAGUGCAUGGGAUCAAGCGUAGGACUGAAAGCUUAAUGAGGAGUCUCCAAACAAUAUCUGGCUUGCUUCGUGAGAAGUCAAAACCAUUUUCGAAAGAUACACAGGGUGCUGAUGCCUCAGGUUCAAUGCAGCUAAAUGAUCAAACAUGCGAGGAUACUUUGAUAUCAGAGCUUAAAGCAGAGAGCUUGAUGACGAGCUUAUUGAGAGAGAAGCUCUACUGCAAAGAGCUGGAAGUUGAGCAGCUCCAAGCCGAACUUGCAACAGCAGUAAGAAGCGCUGAUAUCGUCAAAUACGAAGUUCAGAACGCAUUAGACAAUCUUUCCUGCGUCACCCACAAGUUCAAGGACCUGGAACUUCAGAUGCUGAAGAAGGACGAGAGGAUAAGCGAGCUCGAGAAUGACCUGCAAGACGCUCGGAAGGAGAUGGGCGUCCUGAGGGGUAUACUGCCGAAGGUGUCCCAGGAGCGAGACCUGAUGUGGGAUGAGGUGAAGCAGUACAGCGAGAAGAACAUGCUCCUGAACUCUGAAAUCUCCAUGUUGAAGAAGAAGAUCGACGUCCUCGACGAGGACAUACUGGUGAAGGAAGGCCAGAUCACAAUCUUGAAGGACUCGUUGGGCAACAAGCCGUUUGACCUCCUCGCGAGCCCCGACUUUGCUCGGGAGUUCUUGCUGGAGUGACGCGAUCGCGACGUGACCCGUGAUUCAUACUGUAAAUACAUAUGCUUACAUUGUGGCACCUUCUUUUACUAGGGAUUGGUUUUUGAUUCCAAAGAAGUUCGGUACAUCUUUUCUUGCCUGUUGGUUUUGGGAAGUGAACAAAAAGAAUGAAGCGAUUCUUUUGCUCGUACUAAGUUCUGUCUGCAAAGUGAAAACUCUUGCACAAUUCC